AAUAAACACUUAAGUUAAUUUUUGACAAUUUGCAAAGAGAUUACGACGUGAUCGAUGAUGCAAUAAUCUCGAAAUUUGUGGAGGAAAUACUUUUAAAAAGCGUGGAACUUUGAGCUCCAGUUUCUGUGCUCUUAACCAAGAUGGCUACGAAGAUCACCACUGGAAUCUUAGUUUCCGUCUGCUUGAUGAGCAUCUGCUCUAGAGUUUGCGGAGAUGAAGAGAUAACAGAUCGACGCUUUCCAGAGUCAUUCAAAUUUGGAGUGGCAUCAGCGGCUUACCAAAUAGAGGGUGCAUGGGAUGAAGAUGGCAAAGGAGAGAAUAUGUGGGAUCGAUUUCUACAUGACAAUGCUAGUAGAACUACAGAUGGGAAAAAUGCCGACAUUGCAUGUGAUUCUUACCACAAAUGGAGGGAAGAUGUCCGCUUGCUGACCGAAUUAGGUGUCAGCAUUUAUAGAUUCUCGAUUUCCUGGUCCAGAAUUCUCCCCGAUGGUACCACCAACAAAAUCAAUCAAGCUGGUGUGGAUUAUUAUCUGAAUCUUUUGCAA